AUGCUUAUUAUAAGAUUCACAGCCAGAGGAUUUGCGUAUAAGCCAACUAGUAGGCUAGUUUUUAAAAACAGCAGGAUGAUGCUCUAUAGCAGCACUGACGACCCUAAAAAAAAUUAUUUAAAACUUGCUGGCUUUGGAGCUUUUGGAGCAUAUCUUGGGAGGAGCCUUUAUCUUUACCAUUCAAGUAUGGGCUGAAUUCACUUAUUAUUUGACUGGACUGGUGUUUUUACGUGUUUAUAUCAAGUUAUUUGUAGGUGGAUGUCUAACCAAUUCACAAUCAAAGAAAUAAGUCUUCUUGAUAAUGGAAAUCAGAUUGAAGUCUCAACAAUAGGGAAUUUUUAUUUCAAAAGGCAGCUGAUUAUAAAUAUUGGCGAUAUUAUUAAUCCUGAAUUAGAUCCCAACUAUAAAGAGGCUAUGAGUUAUAUUAGAGCUUGACUAUUAUUUACAAAACAAAAAGAUACAUUUUUAUUAUCUCCAAAAGGAAAUAUUUUUAAUAAAGAGAUAUUUCAAAAAGUUAUAGUUGGGGAAAGAAUUAUUAUAGAGUCUUCUGAAGAUGAAAGCAAAAUCAUAGAUAUAUAA